UCGCGGUAAAAUAAUCGCCGCUUAUGAUCGGGUGAGUGAACAUUUCGGUUAAAGAAAUCGAUCUAGGAGCGAAGAUGAAGUGCACGUUCGUCUUGGUAAUCGCGUUCCUUGCGUUGGCGGUACAAUGCCAAAAGCAGACAACGUACACGGAUAUCAUACAAACCCACAAAGGGCCCGUUCGAGGCAGACAGGCCGUAACUGCGUUCAACGAAUACGAAUAUUCGGAAUUCAUUGGCAUUCCGUACGCGAAACCACCUCUAGGAGAUCUGAGAUUCAAAGACUCUGUUGAACCAGAUCCUUGGACAGAGCCUGUAAAUGCCACGGUCGAAGCACCUAUGUGUAUUCAGCCGUUCCUCCUGGGAACUGCAGGAAGCGAAAAUUGUCUAUACUUAAACGUAUACACCCCCGAAACUGAUUUCGGAGACAUGGAAGACUUGAGACCAGUGUUGGUUUGGAUAUACGGUGGUGCAUUCGAACUAGGAGGUAUACUACAGGCUAUGUACGGUCCUGACUGGUUCAUAGAGGACGACAUUGUCGUGGUGGCCAUGAACUACCGUCUUGGUGCUCUAGGUUUCCUGGCUCUGCAACAUCCUGAUGCACCGGGUAAUCAAGCUCUGAAGGAUCAGAUUUUGGCUCUGCAGUGGGUGCAGAAGAACAUCGCCAAAUUCGGAGGCGAUCCAAACAAAGUGACCAUAAUGGGCGAAAGUGCCGGAGCCGCCAUGGUGAUGUAUCACGUAUUGUCGCCUAUGUCGACUGGCUUGUUCCAUCAAGCUAUCGCUCAAAGUGGUAGCCCCUUGUGUCCAUGGGCGUACAAACCACCGACGGUAUCUAAUGUAGCAGCGUACGAAUUAGGAGCCAUUUUAGGAAUCGCAGCCGCCAAUAAUACUCAUUUACUGGAUAGAUUGAAACGACAACCGGCCAUCGAUAUAGUACAGGGCUCCAACAGAGUGUCCGUCGCCAACGGAUUCACCCCGAUCAUCAUACCUUUCGCGCCCACGAUCGAAGUUGGAACCGAGAACCCGUUCAUGCCUCAAUGUCCCAUAUCGCUCUUGCAAUCAGGAAAGUUCAACAAAGUUCCCGUACUGCUCGGUUACAACGCUGAUGAGACUGUUCUGUUCGACAUUGCUGGAGAAAUUUUCAGAACACAAUUGCACGCAUUAAUGAGGUUCCUCAAUAACUUCUUCGAUCCAUUCGGUUCGUCUCAAUAUCUCGUGGAUGUGAUGGACAAGAUCGCCAACGGCACUCAGAAAGAGAUGUUGAAGGUGGGAAGUUCAGUUAUGUUCAACGCGCCCAUCGAUCUCACGCAGAAGCUGCUGUCCAAGCACAAUGGCGACAAACCUAUUUAUUACUAUCGACUGUCGUUCAACACGCCCAAGAAUCUCCACAGACUGAUUCAGCCUAGAUUAGAAGGCACGGCUCACUGUGACGAUCUUCCUUUGCUGUUCCACGUCGGUUUGUUCAAUCCUGCCGAUCCGGAUGCACCGUACAAUCAAUACAGCAAGAGAGUCGCUUCAUUGUGGACGAACUUCAUCAAAUACACAGAUCCUACCCCGCGUAAUAACACCGUGAGCAAAGCAAAUUGGGCGCCAUCGACCAAAAAGGGAAGGCAGCUGGAUAUUGGAAACGAAGAAUUCAAAAUGCACGACCGUCUCGCCGAUCACAUGGACCACAAGCUUUCACACAUGUAUUCCACUAUAUGGCCAACCUGCAGCGAAUGCAAACAUUCCCAUAAUAAGCAAUAAACGAUACUGGAACACGCUACAAUACUGUCUGUGACUUCUUAGAGAAAGCACGACCAUUUUGAGAAGCGUUUCUUUGUCGACCUAAAGACCUAAAAUUGAAAUUAUAGUUUUUCUAACGAAGCCGUAGCUGUGUAUAACUUUUCCAUAUCAGUAUUUAUUGUAAGUUUUGUAAAGACAUUACAUGAAUAUUAUAUACGGUGAAGUUGAAAUACAUUAUAGCUAAGUAAGAUUGCAUCAUUAAACUGUACUCUUCGAUACACGUUCUUUUUCCUCCCAGAUAUUUCACACGAAACAAUAUCAAAUCAUGUAAAUUAAAUUGAGAUAAAUAUACUUUUAUUUUUUAAAGAAAUUUUGAAAUACAUACGUUCAAUUCUAGUCUUGCUGAUCGGUUGACAAGUUUU